UUCGGCAUCUCAAGCCCCCUCACAAUCAAUCCCACUUAUCUCUCUCUUUCUCUCUCUCUCCGCGUUGAAACUCUAGCCCCAACCCUAACCCUAACCCUAGUUCGAGUUCACCAGACCUGUUCGCCAUGAAAGGAGCGAAAUCCAAGUCUGAGUCGAAGAGAGCUGAUGCCAAGCUUUCUGUGAAUAAGAAAGGCAGUGCUUCCACGAAAGCUGGAAAGGCACCAACUAAGAAGGGAAAGGCCACGAAGGACCCUAACAAGCCUAAAAGGCCCGCCAGUGCUUUCUUCGUUUUCAUGGAAGAGUUCAGGAAGCAGUUCAAUAAGGAUCACCCUGACAAUAAAUCAGUCUCUGCUGUUGGUAAAGCUGCUGGAGCUAAAUGGAAGUCAAUGUCUGAUGCUGAAAAGGCACCAUUCGUAGCUAAGGCAGAGAAAAGGAAGGUUGACUAUGAGAAGAACAUGAAAGCCUAUAACAAGAAGCAGGCUGAAGGUGCAAAUGCAGCCGAGGAUGAAGUGGAGUCGGAGAAGUCGAUGUCUGAGGUGAAUGAUGAGGAUGAAGGAGAUGAAGAUGGCAGUGAUGAGGAGGAUGAUGAUGAGUAGCCAAUGGCACAAAGUAUAGGAUAGUCAUUUAGGCUGUCAAAAAAUUUCUGAUCAUCCCAUGCUACUGGUUUGAUGAUCUUAUGUCUAAACUUUUGUUCCCUUUUCCAAGAAAAUAUAUCCUUGCUCCCCUGUCAAUUUAUUUUGCCCUUCCAGCAAUGGGUAGUUAUAGAUUGGAAGUUGCCCUCUCGUUGUACUUUUAUUUGAACCUAAUGAUUUAGCAAAUGUGUUUUAUCUA